CGGGUACGACUUUGGCAGUUUGGAAGUUUCUUUCCUUUUUCCCCUGUGCCCUGCUUCCGUCUUUGCGGUUCCCCGCCCCUUCCCUUUCUUGUGGUGCGGGUGUGCACGCAACCUUCUCUGACACAAGUGUGGAGAAUUCUUGCAUUUUCUCGCUGGCGGGAGCAUUGCGCCUUUUUCGCUUGGUUUUUUCUCCUUGACGUCUCAAUCCCAAAAACCAGCGGAGCGCCGGCUCGCGGACGCUUCCAGUGAGGGGUAGGCUCACGCGCACAUUUCCCUGUGCUGUCUCACCCCGUCUUGUUUCUGUCGCGAACUUCUUUCUGCGUGUCUACGGCAAACCUUUGCGAAAAUGGCGUCUCCCGCACUCCAAACUUGCUGGCGAAAUCUUGCGCGCCUCUCCGGCGCGCAGGUUCGGCCGAGCCACUUUGGAGCCUUUUCUCUCGGCAGCCGCAUGUCUCCUUUUUCUUCUCUCCUCGGCGCCCGCGCCUCUCCCAUCGCCACCGGCCGCGCCGGUCUCCGUUUUCUUUCUUCUGCGGCGCCGAAUCCCGGAAAGAAACCAGCAAGCGCUGCCCCGCCAGCCGGAACGAACCACGGCCGCAUCACCCAAGUCAUCGGGGCCGUCGUGGACGUUCACUUCGACGAACAACUCCCGCCAAUUCUCAACAGCUUGGAAGUCCAGGGCCACACCAACAGACUCGUCCUCGAGGUCGCGCAACACCUGGGCGAAAACACGGUCAGGACGAUUGCGAUGGACGCGACGGAGGGUCUCGUACGCGGACAGAAAGUCGUCGACACAGGUGCUCCCAUUCAGGUGCCCGUCGGCGUUGAGACUCUGGGACGCAUCAUGAACGUCAUUGGAGAGCCUGUGGAUGAGUGUGGACCGGUUCCUGCGAAGAAGACCUACUCGAUUCACCGCGCAGCUCCACUCUUUGCCGACCAGUCGACGGAACCCGGCCUUCUGCAGACCGGCAUCAAGGUCGUGGAUCUCCUGGCGCCGUACGCGAAGGGAGGGAAAAUCGGUCUCUUUGGCGGUGCAGGAGUCGGCAAGACUGUGUUGAUUAUGGAGUUGAUCAACAACGUCGCGAACAAGCACGGAGGUUUCUCUGUGUUUGCGGGUGUCGGCGAGAGGACGCGCGAGGGGAACGACUUGUACCACGAAAUGAUGACGACUGGAGUGAUUAAGCGGAAGAAGUUGGAAGAUGGCAAGUUCGACUUCACCGGCUCCAAGGCUGCGCUGGUGUACGGACAGAUGAACGAGCCUCCCGGUGCGCGUGCGCGCGUCGCCCUGACUGCUCUGUCUGUCGCCGAGUACUUCCGUGACGAGCAAGGCCAAGACGUGUUGCUUUUCAUCGACAACAUCUACCGCUUCACUCAAGCUGGCUCUGAGGUGUCUGCGUUGCUCGGACGCAUUCCCAGCGCCGUCGGAUACCAGCCGACGCUGGCGACCGAUCUCGGGCAGCUCCAGGAGCGAAUCACCACGACGAAGAAGGGAUCGAUUACCUCCGUCCAGGCCGUCUACGUACCUGCAGAUGACUUGACGGAUCCUGCGCCCGCGACAACUUUUGCUCAUCUCGACGCCACCACUGUGCUGUCUCGGCAGAUCGCCGAGCUGGGGAUUUAUCCCGCCGUCGACCCGCUCGACUCGACGAGUCGCAUGCUGGCUCCGGAGAUCGUCGGUCAGGAGCACUACGACACGGCCCGCGCGACUCAGAAGCUGCUCCAGGACUACAAGUCCCUGCAGGAUAUCAUCGCCAUUCUGGGAAUGGACGAGCUGAGUGAGGAAGACAAGCUGGUCGUCUCGCGCGCGCGCAAGAUCCAGAGAUUCCUCUCCCAGCCGUUCACAGUCGCGGAAGUCUUCACGGGCAAACCCGGACGCUUCGUCGAGCUGCCCGAAACCAUCAAGAGCGCGCAGACGAUCCUCCGAGGCGAGUGCGACGACUUGCCCGAAAUGGCUUUCUACAUGUGCGGCGGCCUCGAGGAAGUGCGUUCGAAGGCCGUGAAGAUGGCGCAGGAAGCGGCGAGCGGAAAGUAGUGCGAGUCACGGUGGAAAAAAGAAGCUUCCGGACCAACCUGUAGCGAAUUGAGAAGCUGCACCUGUGGACAUUAAACGCCGGCAGGAUCACCGCCAAUUCCCGGAGCACGGAACGAUUUUCGACGGACCGCAACGCGCCGCUUCACUGGCUGAGGUGUAUGCACACCCCGCAGAGAACGGCAAACGAGUUCGCUUCGUAGCCGGCGCGGCGCAGUCUGCGAAGUUGUCUAGUACUGUUUGUUGGAAGCCACACUAACGUGUUUCUCUAGGUUUUGUGCCUGGUCAUGGCGUGUCCGUGUUUGUGACGGGGGAAACUCUCCAUGCGCUGCGGAGGCGUCGAAAAAACAAAUCUAUUUGUGAGCUUGCACACAGGAGCGUUGCCGCAGGAUCCUCUAGGACAGUCACUCCGCGCACCUUGUGCAAAGGAACUUCGGCGCUGGACGGGACUUCCGCACAGACAACGGACCGUAA